AUGGUCGGAUCAGGCCUUGCCCUCUCCCUCCUCAGUCUCGGCACCGAACGGCAGAUAUGGGGCAUCGGGGAAGGAUCGGGCACCUUCACCCCCGGAACCGGCGGCAUCCCGACGUGCUUGACAAACGUCCCUCUCCAUGAACAGCCCCCGUGCAUCCUACCGCCUCUUUCGGGCGGCUUCAUUCCGCCAAAGGAGAAGCGCUCGUUCACGCUUCCACCUGACUACGGCACCAACGCCAAGAAGGUCAUUGAGCAGCUCGAGCUCGAGCUUGAGCAGCUGCAGAACAAGAGGCACAAGUCCGCCCAGGAUAAAGACGAUAUCGAGGCUAUCAAGGGUGCCCUGAAAUAUCUAGCCGGAAUCACCGCCAUUUCCGCCCCUCCGGGAACCGGGUCGACCUUCACUCCUGGCAAACGAUCGUUCUCGCUUCCGCCCGACUAUGCCUCCAAUACAAAGGAGGCGAUCAAGCAACUGGAAGUCACUCUUGUGAAGCUGCAGAACAAGCGGAACAAGACGGCCGAAGACAAGGCGGAUAUCCAGGCAAUCAAGGCCGCGCUGAAGUACCUGGCCGGAAUCACAUCCAUCACUGCUCCUUCCGGAACCGGAUCGACCUUCACCCCCGGGAAGCGCCAGGCAUUUGGCCUCGGCGGCUCUGGUGGUAGCUACUCGUCCAAGUGCCCGAAUCUCGACGGCGCCGAGCUGGCUCUCGAGGCACUGCUCCACAAGUCCAGCCCGUCUGUUCAGGAAAUAUUUGUCAUUCAGAGCCUGAAGCACUUCCUCUACGGAUGCGGUAUCACCAUUGUCAAGUCUCCUGACGGCACUAGCACCACGAUCAAGCCCUCCGACAAGCGGGAUGUUGCUCUCACGGCCGAUUUUGACGUCGCGGGGCUCGAGCAGGCUUAUGGCGCACUCCUCUCGUCUGUAAGCUCCGAGAAGCCUUCAUUCACCACGUGGCUCACCCUGGAGCAAAUCGCCGACAUGCUCGAAAUCUAUGGCGUUUCCGUCGACCAUUUGUCAUUAUUUGAUGCGGGCAAGCGCCAGAUCAGCAUUGGCGGCAAGACAUGCCAGGCAUCGGACGUCAUGGGCCUCAAGGCUGCCCUCGCCGCACUCCUGACGGCCUACGGCGACCCAGCCCACGCCCCUCCCAACGUCUUCCUGGUCGAGCAAAUCAUCGUCACGGCGCUCCAGAUCUGCGGCCAGUCUGUCCAGGGCUGGACGACGCUGACGCCCGGUAAUCCGAUCCCCGGCGGCGCCAUCAUACCCAAUCCCACUAUCCCCGGCGGCGCCAUCACCCCUGACCCCACCACCCCGGGCGGCGCCAUCACCCCGGACCCGUACAACCCCGGAUCCCCCAUCCGCCCCGACCCCUACAACCCAGGCGGCCCCAUGAAGCCCUCGGAUAAGCGCCAGGCACCUAUCAAGGACCCAGCCGCCCUCCUAGCCGCCCUGCACACCCUCGAGGAUAAGUACGGCCGCUACGGCUCCGGUACUAUCCCUGUCCCCAUCUUCCUCAUCAUGGUCAACAUUGUCACCAUCCUGCAGGACAUUCCGGGCGUGGUCGUCCCUGGCUGGCCCAUCCUGGGGCAGGGCUCCGUGGUCUUCGGACCUUCAUCAUAA